ACCUCUGUAAACAUGUAUAUCGGCAUUGUAAUACAUACUUUCAAACAGGCGUUAUGGUAGACUACUUAACAGGGUCUUUCAAGUGGACCCAAACAACAUGUAUCCGGAAGUAACGAAGAAAAGAAACGUUCAAGUUAUUUAAUUCCAGCUUUUCCAGGCUUGUCAGGGUAGAUAAAAUGAACAACAUGUCUCCAGAAGUUGCACUGCACAGGAUCUCACCGGAGUUGCGACCUUUGCUGUGCAGCGUGGUGCGGAAUGGCCGGGUGGGACUGGACUCCACAAACUGCCUCAAAGUCACAGACCUCAAAACCGGGUGCACAUCGUUGACCCCAGGUCCUUGCUGCGAUCGCUUCAAACUUCACAUCCCCUAUGCUGGAGAAACCCUCAAAUGGGAUAUUAUAUUUAAUGCCUGCUAUCCCAAACUGCCUCCAGAUUUUAUAUUUGGAGAAGAUGCUGAGUUUCUACCUGAACCUUCAGAAUUACCGCAUUUGGUCCAAUGGGAUGCUGGCAACCCAGAUUGUUUGCUCCAGCUUGUCAAGGAGCUCAUCCAGCAGUACCACCACUACCAAUGUCAGCGCCUCCGUGAAAGCUCCAGACUUCUCUUUGAGUACGAUAGCCUGCUGGAGGACCCCAACUAUGGCCGGAAUAUGGAGAUAUAUGCUGGACACAAGAACAGCUGGACAGGGGAGUUUUCCGCUCGCUUUCUUCUGAAACUCCCCGUGGACUUCAGCAACAUCCCAAUCUAUCUCCUCAAGGACACGGCACUGGACCCUGGAGAAGAUGUGGCUCUUCUCUCUGUCAGCUUUGAGGAUGCUGAGGCCACUCAAGUCUUCCCCAAACUCUACCUUUCUCCAAGUAUUGAACAUGCUCUAGGAGGUGCGUCUGCACUUCAUAUCCCAGCAUUCCCGAGCGGAGGAUGCUUGAUUGACUAUGUCCCACAAGUGUGCCAGUUACUCACUAACAAGGUGCAGUAUGUCAUCCAAGGCUAUCACAAGAGACGGGAGUACAUUGCUGCAUUCCUCAGCCACUUUGGAAUGGGAGUGGUGGAAUAUGAUGCCGAGGGAUUUACAAAGCUUACUCUUCUACUCAUGUGGAAAGACUUUUGCUUCUUAGUGCACGUGGAUCUGCCACUGUACUUUCCCCGAGAUCAGCCCACCCUCACCUUCCAGUCGGUGUACCACUUCACCAGCAGCGGGCAGCUUUAUUCCCAAGUGGAGAAGUCCUAUCCUUACAGCCCACGCUGGGACGGCAAUGAAAUGGCCAAGAGGGCAAAGGCUUACUUCAAGACCUUCAUCCCUCAGUUUCAAGAAGAAGCCUUUGCCAACGGGAAACUCUAGUUCCCCGCAGCUCUGUUGACAUGCCUGCGGUUCUGCAAAUGUGUCGGUACAUGCCGUCGCGUGCGUGCCCGCAGGGGACUGCAAUUCCUCCAGCGACAUAUUCCCCAAAUUUGGUGCAUCUCGAGAUAUAGCAAAAUGCCACUUUACCAUCGUCGUCGAUCCGAUUUGCGUCAUCGGUGUAAAGCUGUCGGUUCCCCUUUUUUUUUUUUUUUUUUUUUGCUCAUUUCAGGCUCAUGUUUUCAGACCUAUUACAGAUCAAACCUUGUCCAGCAGAAGUCAUGACGAAAUGGCACCUUCGCAGUCGUAGCUGCGGGAUCAGGUAAAACUGGUUCAAGCCGGUCAUAAAUAAUAGAUCUUUGCUGUGAAGGGUAUUUCUUUCGGAUAGAAGCUCUGAUGUGCUACUGUGAAAAACCUCACCUGCGCUCUGUGCUUACAAUCUCCAUCAUUUCCUUUCAAUUGUGCUCUGACCUCCUGCAGUCAUUCCAGAAUGUGCCGUGAAGGACUGUACAGACAAAAUGAUUGGGAAUUGUUUCAUAUUAUUGCCAUUGACCCAACUUUAGCCCCAAUCCUUAGUUUGCUGAUAGUCUCUCCAUUUUGCCUUUACGUCAUCAGUAUGUUGCAUGUGCUCGUUUUGAUCGUAGUGUUUUCGUCAAAACGCCUCCUUAAAAUAAAAACUAAAUCUGUCAUA